AUGUCCGUUUGCCGGAUUUCGUACGCCAUUUGGCUUGCACUUUGUUACUUUGUGUCUCAUUCGAAUGCUAUUCUCCGUACAUACAACUUGACGGUGCAUAAUGACGUUAAAGCUCCGGAUGGUGUCAGCCGCGAAGUCUUUCUGAUCAAUGGUCAGCUACCGGGGCCCCUAAUCGAGGCAGACGAAGGCGACGAUCUGGAAAUCUUUGUCAAGAAUGACCUCCCCGUUGAUACUUCUCUUCACUGGCACGGGAUUUUGCAAAGGGGUAGUCCCGAUAUGGAUGGAGUGCCUGGUGUCACGCAGUAUCCCAUACCUCCUGGCGGUAACUUCACCUACAGAUUCUCGAUCAAAGAUCAGUAUGGCUUCUUCUGGUAUCAUUCCCACGUUAGAGCAUACUACAAUGACGGCAUAAGAGGGCCACUCUUGAUACGACCAUCUCCCCAAAGACUGCGGCCAUUUGAAAAGCUUGCUCAUAGCCCACACGAGCGUGAUAUCAUUCUGCAGACGGAGAGGGACGCUACAUCCAUUCUUUUAAGUGACUGGACACAUGAACUUUCGGACACCAUUUACGCUCGAUACUUUGAGACAGGCGCUUUUCCAAAUUGUGUCGACAGCAUCCUUGCCAAUGGAUUCGGGAGGCACUUCUAUGUCCGCAAUGCCGAUGUCAGCUACAAUGACGAUGUCGGACAUGUCACCGUCCAUGACUUCAUUGAGUCCCCGUGGCUUUCACUCCCACCUGAGACCUGCACCAAUACUUCGUCGUCCUUGCUCACCAUCCCUGCGGAUCACACGAGUGGUUGGCUCGCGCUGAAUCUGGUCAACUCCGGUGCAGUCAGCAAGUUACAUGUCUCUCUGGAUGCACACUCUAUGUUUGUCUAUGCUGCCGACGGAUUGUAUGUGGAAAUACAGGAGGUGAAGGUCCUGGAAAUAGAGAUCGGCCAACGGUACUCAGUGAUGAUUCGACUUGAUCAGAAACCGGGGAAUUACUAUCUCAGAUUCGCAUCAUACCCCAAUGGUGACAUGCAACAAGUGCUUGAAGGGCAAGCUAUUGUGUCCUAUAACAUGAGCAUGAUGAGCAGCAGAACCCCAAUGAACGUCACGGUCGAUCCCUCAACCAUUUGGAUGUUGACCAACGGAUCAGCCAAACCUGAUACCAGCGUACUUAAUCCUCAGUUGCUUUCUCCCUUCGCGCCUGUCAACCCUCCCUCAUCACCAGCAGAUCAGACAUACACUUUCACAAUUAACCAGACCGACAUUGUGACAUGGGUAGUGAAUGACGCCUCAUACUCUGAGCCAAAAAUACCAAUCAUCCAGGGCAACGUAUCAGACGGUUGGCAGGCGAAUACAACCAUCCAUGUGCCGUCUAACUCAACGAUUGAUAUUAUUAUGAGAAUUGCAAAUGAUUCGAUGGAUACGAUGAGCCAUCCCAUGCACCUACACGGCCACACUUUCUGGGUGCUUGGGUCCGGUACCGGCUCUUUCCCGUAUGAUUCCGCGACGGACGCCCCAGAAUCCCUAAUAAAUCUUCGAAAUCCUCCUUAUCGUGACACAACUAAUCUUCCUCCGUCAGGAUGGGCCGUGAUCCGAUAUGUUACGGAUAAUCCCGGCGCGUGGAUCUUUCACUGCCAUAUCCAGUGGCACAUGGUGAGCGGCAUGGCACUUGUCCUUGUUGAAGGACAGGAUCAAUUUCCCGCCCUGAUUGGUCAGUCUAAUAAUGGUACCCCUCCUGCUACGUCAGCGGCGCCGAUGCGUCGUAUCAGCUCUCGUCAAACUGCUUUGACUGCUGCUGCUGCCAGUCUCAUGAUGUUGGGAUGA